AUGGUUAUGCAGAUCUUUGUAAAGACUCUUACUGGCAAGACCAUAACUCUUGAGGUCGAAAGCUCAAACACAGUUGACAAUGUCAAGGCUAAGAUCCAGGACAAAGAAGGAAUCACUCCUGACCAGCAAAGACUUAUUUUUGCCGGUAAACAACUCGAAGAUGGUCGUACUUUGGCUGAUUACAAUAUCCAAAAGGAGUCAACUCUUCACCUUGUCCUUCGUUUGCGCGGUGGAAUGCAAAUAUAUGUGAAAACACUCGAUGGUAAAAUCAGAACACUAGAAGUUGAGAGCUCAGACACCAUGGACAAUGUAAAGACAAAGAUUCAAGACAAGCAUGGGAUCGCAAGACGCAGGCAAAGACUCGUCUUCAUUGGUGAACUGCUGGAGGACUUUCGAACCUUGGAGGAAUACAACAUCAAGGAAAAGUCAACUCUUCACCUUGUGCUGAAUGUUCUUUCUGGUGGAUCGAUGCAGAUUAUCGUCAAGACUUUGGCCGGAAAGCCCAUCACUCUUGAUGUCGAAAGCUCUGAUACGAUUAACAAUGUCAAGUCAAUGAUUAAUACCAAGGAAGGGAUCCCAUGGUACCGGCAAAGAAUCAUCCUUGCCGGAAAAGAGCUCAGAGACGACUUGACAAUAGCAGACUACAACAUUCAUAAAGAGACAUCAUCUCUUUUCGUUAUCCUAAAUGACCGUAAAUGCUUCUGA